AUGGUCGGCUCCAUCCUCCGCCAGUUCUUCUCCCCGGCCACCCGCCGGCCCCUCGCCUCGGCCGUCAUCUCAACACCAAGCCGUCUCCUCAACACCCCCCGAUCCUUCACCACCUCUGCGCCCCGCGCAUUCGCCCCUACAACGGCCCGCCCCGCGACGCUGAACCAGGUCCUCCGCGGAAUUCGAAAGGGCAAGCGCGCUCGUCACGCUGUCUCCCCUGCCUUGUCCAACACGCACUGCCCGGCCCUCAAGGGCGUGUGCCUCCGUGUGGGUGUCGUCCGACCCAAGAAGCCCAACUCUGGCGAGCGCAAGACUGCUCGUAUCAAGCUCUCCACCGGCGCCCUGAUUACUGCCUACAUUCCCGGCGAGGGACACAACAUUCAGCAGCACAGUGUUGUUCUUGUGAGAGGUGGCCGAGCGCAGGAUUGUCCCGGUGUGCGAUACCGUCUCGUGCGAGGAGCUCUGGAUCUGGGUGGUGUUGCUAACCGAACAACAAGUCGAAGCAAGUUUGGUACCAAGAAGCCCAAGAAGGCCACCGUUGGUUAG